AUGCUGAAACCAUCGCCUGCUAUGACGACAGUGGAACGGACGCGCACGGAAGAGAAUGUGCAGCGUUUUCAGAAUGCAGUGGCUUCCAACAUUGAGGGUUUCGAAUCUACCGCCCCACUGGAGGAGCAAUGGAACUCUGUACAGAUUGGUCUAACCAACGCUGGAACGGAGGUUCUUGGGUAUGCUCGCCGAAAUCAACCAGACUGGUUCUAUGACCAACAGGAUGUGCUGACGCUGGCUCUGUUUAUGGAACGCCGCUUGGCAUACAACAAGUGGGUUGCAUCUGGCAAUAGCUUGGAUCAUGCCAAGGUUAAAACCAUCCGGUCCAAGACUCGAGCGGAAGUGCAUCGUGCCAAGACUAAUUGGCUUCGGAGCUUCAAAGGCUUAUGCCCUAUCACUAUCCCCAAGAUCAAGGAUGCCAAUGGCAACUUGUGUAGUUCGGUUGACGCCCAGUGUGCCCGCUGGGGUGGCCACUUCCACACUGUUCUCAACAUACAGAGUCAGUAUGAUCCAACUGUAUUUUCCAGUCUGAAGCAACGGCCUGUGGCUGAUGAGCUUGCCGAGCUUCCCACGGCUGUGGAAUUGUCACGCGCUAUCAGCCGCCUAACUAACAACAAGGCACCUGGAGAGUCGGGUAUCUUACCUGAAAUGGUUAAACAUGCUGGAGCGCAAUUUCAUCAAACCCUUCUCUGCCUUAUUCACCAGAUAUGGCGUGAGAAUCAGGUUCCGCAGGCAUGGAAAGAUGCUGAGCUAGUGCCAAUCCCGAAGAAAGGUGACCUAUCGCUCUGUGAUAACUGGCGUGGCAUAGCAUUGUUGGAUGUUGUUGGUAAAGUUGUUGGUCGGCUAAUUCAAAAUCGGUUGCAGUCUGUUGCUGAGCGGGAGCUUCCCGAAUCACAGUGUGGCUUCCGCCGUGGGAGAUCGUGUACGGACCAGAUCUUUUCAGUAUAUCAAUCAGUCGAGAAGUUGUACAAGUACGAACACCGUACUGGAGGGUUUCUUGUCUUCAUUGAUUUGAGAAAGGCGUACGAUUCGGUCCCGAGACAGGCUUUGUGGUGCGGUCUGCGGACACUUGGCGUGCCGGAUCAGCUCGUAGAUCUAAUUGCAUCCUUCCACACUGGUAUGCAGGCCCGUGUCCGUGUUGGCGAUCGGCAUACAGACCCUAUCAGUGUGAACAAUGGCCUCCGGCAGGGGUGCUCCAUCUCCCCAGUAUUGUUCAACCUGUAUUUCAGCCUUGUGUUUGAGCGGUGGAAUGCUGAAAUGGCCUGGAUCCUCCCUGGUGGCGGUUUCACGUUCAAUCAUAGUGUAAACGGAAACCAUUUUAAUCGGCCACGCACCCGUCAUCAAUCCACUACAGUGUUAGAUGUUGAGUUUGCUGAUGACGCCGCCUUGUUUGCUCCGACUCUGGCUGCCGCACAGCUGCCAUUGGAGACCUUUCAUCGGAUAUCAUCUGCCUUUGGGUUGACCAUCAACUUCUCAAAGACGAAAUUCGUACGAUGUCAGCCAUGCAAGGAGGAUUCCUUGGAUGCCACAUUGCUGAAGCUUGAAGAGGACACCAGCGUGAGAGACCUUGUCGAAGGCUCCAGCGAUGUCAACUGCAAGUACACGUGCUGCGCCCCCGCGUCCGAUAGAGGAUGCCCAGGAGUGGUGUAG